AUGCUGAGAUUCAAAGACAGUCGAACAUGGGCGAAACAAAGUAGCCAUUCGAAGUUUAGGACUAAAAUGCUUACACUCAAUAUAUGUGGAUUAUUAAUUGUCACCAUAUCUUCUAUGUUAAUAAUUAAUUGCUCUAAAAUCUUCAUUUCGAAAACUGGCAGUAAACCUGGCGACUCGAAAGCUUCUCGGAAAUCCGGUUCUAGCAAUACUGUGACGAGCAGAUCAUCAGCAAGUCAAGUGGACGUCAGCCACAAGUUGAAAAAAGAUGGAGAAAAGAAGACCAAAAUUGUUGAAUUUGUCAUAAGGAAGAAGAAGUCGAAUGAGGAAAUUAAGACCGAUCUCAAAUCUAUUACAGAUGAAGAAGAUCCAUUCAAGAAAAGAUAUCGGGAAAAACAAGAAGAACAAUUGAAGGGGAAAGUUGAGCAGUAUUUUUCUAACGUUGGAGAGAAAGAAAAGGACUUAUCAGUCUAUGGUAUGGACAGGACACAGCUAAAGAAAGACACGGAAAAAACACAAGGAAUGACGAGAACAACAGCAACACAAGCUUUAAAAUGA